UUCCAUUCCGCCCAUACUUUAUUGAGUGGAGCAAGACAAGGCCGUGGACCUGCUGCUGCGGAAGUCGUUGGCCCGCCCGGCGCCCGCGUAUGUACACGCGUUGGGAAUAUCCUUAUACUCGGUGUCUUCGUCUUUAUCCUUCCAUCCCGCCUGUACUUUUUUUUGGAGUUGAGCAAAAGAAGGAGCCGUGGACCUGCUGCUGCGGUCUGCGGAAGUCGUCGGCGUCCAUGGCCGGAGUCGGAGAGGCGCUCGUGUCCGCGGUGCUCAAGGAGGUGCUGCGCAAGCUGGGGUCCGCCGUCGGGGCUCAGAUCACGGCGCGAUGGAAGCUGAGGCAAGACAUGGAGAGCAUCAAGAGCACGCUGGAGCUGGUGCAGGCAGUGCUCAGGGAUGCCGAGAGGCGGUCCGUGAGGGAGGAAGCAGUCGGCCUCUGGCUCAAGAUGCUCAAGAACGCCGCCUACGACAUCUCCGACAUGUUCGACGACUUCGAGGUCAAACUGUCGCAGGGGAAGAUCUCUAGCUCUGUUGCCAAGUUUUCUAUGGGUACAAAGCUGAAGAAUUUGAGGGAAAAGUUAACAAACAUAGCAGCACAGCGGUCGCAGUUCGGAUUCACGGUACACACCUGUUCAACUUCAACAGACCAUGAAGAGAUCAAGAAGAGAGAAACGACAUCAAAGAUCAAUAGAGAAACUAUCGUCGGAAGGCAGAAAGAGAAACUGGAGAUAGUAACACUGCUAGCAUCAAAUCGUGAACAGAAAACGUUGGUAAUCCCGAUUUUUGGGUUUGGGGGCAUUGGUAAGACUACACUAGCUAAAUUGGUUUUCAAUGAUGACCAGAUGCAAAAUUUUGAUCUGCGAGCAUGGGUUUAUGUGUCUCCACAUUUUGAUCUAAAAAUGAUCGGCAAAAGUAUAAUUUCACAAAUCAAAGGACAGGUUGAAGGUUUACAUGACCUACAGUCUGUAAGUAAUUCUCUUGAAGAGAUAAUGUGCGGUAGAAGCUGCCUGAUUGUUUUGGAUGACCUAUGGGAGAGCAGUUGCUCUCAACUAACUGAUUUAUUGCAGAUGCUAAGCAACUUUAAGAAGGAAAGCAUGAUUAGAAUUAUUGUAACAACACGAACUGAAGAAGUUGCAGGGAAGAUAGGUACAGUUACACCAUACAAGCUGGAACCAUUGUCUGAUGAUCAGUGCUGGGCAUUGUUCAAAAAUAUUUCUUUUCUACCUGGUUGCCCAUUAGGAGAAGAUGAAAAGAAUGUGAUGGAAAACAUCGGGAGGGAUAUUGCAAACAAGUGUCAAGGAGUGCCUAUGGCAGCGCAAGCUCUUGGGUUUAUGUUGCGCAACAAAGCUGUUGGAGAGUGGAAAAAUGUGAGAGAUAGUGAUAUUUGGAGCGGAUCCUCUACCACAGAUGAUGUGAUGCCAUCGCUGAAGCUUAGUUAUUAUCAGAUGUCUCCUUACUUGAAGCUAUGCUUUUCCUAUUGCUCAGUAUUUCCUAAAGGUUUUGAAGUGCACAGGGGACAUCUAAUUCAACAAUGGAUAUCUCUUGGGUUCAUCCCACCCAGCCCCGACAAGCACAUAACACUUGAGAAGGUUGGAGAAAACUAUGUAAAUGAGCUUUUGGGAAUGUCAUUUGUCCAAUACUCAACGCUAACUUCCUUGAGUACAAGGGAGGACACAAAGAACUCUAUGCUGCUUAGAAUGCAUGACUUGAUGCAUGAUCUCGGUAGAUCUGUUAUCGGUGAUGAAUUACUUCUCGUGGAUGGUGAAAAGGAAUACAGUUCUAGCAAUGGCAACUACCGGUAUGCAUUGGUACUGAAUCAUGAGGGUCAAAUGGCUGUCUGCAAUGAUGAGCCUGCUAAGUUAAGAGCUAUACAUUUUUCUGAAUGUCCUGAGAUUCAGCUGUCCUUGUUGCAUAAAUCGUUGCGUAUCUUGGAUUUAGGCAAGUGUCCCAGAGGAAAUUUACCAGCAUCUAUCGGUAAAUUGAAGCAGCUGAGGUACCUUAGUGCUCCUGACAUGCUACAUAAAAAGGUUCCUAAGCUUGUUACUAGCCUUUCAAAGCUAAUCCACUUGAAUAUGAGUGGCUCUAUCAAAAUCUCAACGCUGCCAGACUCAAUAGGCAAACUUAUAAGCUUGUUACAUCUAGACCUAUCUGGGUGCUGUAAACUUCAUUCAUUACCAGAAUCAUUUGGUGGCUUGACAAACCUCGCCCAUCUAAACCUGGCAAAUUGUUCUCUUCUCGAAACUUUGCCCAAGUCAGUGGGCAAACUCAGAAGCUUGCUACAUUUAGACCUAUCUGGGUGCCGUAACCUCUCUUCAUUGCCAGAAUCAUUAGGUGACUUGAUGAACCUCUCACAUCUAAACCUCUCAAAUUGUUCUCUUCUCAAUACUUUGCCCGAGUCAGUGGAAACACUCAGAAACUUGCUACAUCUAGAACUCUGUGGUUGUACUGGCCUUUGUUCAUUAUCAGAAUCAUUUGGUGAGCUGGUAAAUUUAUCAUAUUUGGAUAUGAAAAAUUGCUAUGAUCUUCGUUCUUUGCCCAAGUCUUUUGGAAGGCUAUGUGAACUUCAGUAUUUGAACUUGUCAGGUUGCUUGAAACUAAAUCUAAAGGUUGAUAUUGAGACUAUCUGUUGUCUUACUAAGCUACAGUACCUAAACCUGUCCUGUUGUCCAAGUCUCAUGCAUAUACCUGAAUCUGUCAACAAUCUAAAAAAUCUCCAUACUUUGGAUCUCUCUAGAUGUAACUGGAUUGAGAGAUUUCCAAAAAGACUACGCGGUAUGACCAGCCUCAAGUUUCUGCUAAUACAAGGAUGCUCACCCUGGUUGCAACAGCGUGUUAGGGAGUCUCAGUUUAAGAAUGAUAUGCUAACAUUACCCAAGUUUAUCGUUCAAAGAACAGCUUCAGGCAUCUGCAUGUCCAGCAACAUUUCCCUCCUCCAUGCUGUACAUGCCGCAGAGCUUGAAAUCGAAUGCCUUGAAAAUGUGACUAGUAUUGAAGAAGCGGCUGCAGUAAAUUUGGCAGACAAAUCAGUACUUGUCAAAUUGGUAUUGGCGUGGACACCAGCCGUUGGCCGUGUUGUGGAGGAUGAGGGUUUACUCCGAGAACUCCAUCCUCCUGGAAAUCUAAAGUUUUUAAAAGUACAAGGCUAUAUGGGAACUUCCUUUUCUGGAUGGAUGAUGAACAUGGCAUCAUGUCUACUGCAUCUUGUUUGCAUUGAGAUGGUAGAUUUACCGAGAUGUGAGCAUUUACCACCGUUUGGGCAAUUAAAAAAUCUAGAGCAAUUGACUCUAAAGAGACUGCCUAUCUUCAGGAAAUUGGGAACUGAAUUUUGUGGAGGAAGUGGAGCAUUUAAGAAAUUAAGAGAGUUCACACUGAUAGAUCUUGAAACCCUGGAGGAAUGGGUCACCAAGGCUUCAGCAAAUGGUGAGUUCAUGUUCCCCAAUCUUCACAAGCUGGAAAUCUGUCGCUGCCCUAGACUAAGGUUGAAACCAUGUCUUCCUAGAGCAACCGAGUGGAGAAUUCAAGCGAGCCAUGAAAUUAUUGCAACAAAAUAUGCCGUAGGCACAUCAUUCUCUUUGACGCUAUCAAAACUGCAUGUUACAGAAUGCCUCCUGCUAUCCGAAGAAUGGGCACUUUUCGAAUACCUCCCUGCUCUUGAGAUACUAGAAAUUUCAAAUUAUCAAAAGAAAAAACUGCCAGACAGCUUGGUUUUCCUUGUAUCACUGCGGUCACUGAAGAUAGAUAUCUCCACUAAUAACAGUCAAGAAGAACUAUGCGAUUGGUUAGUAUUUCUUGCUGCAAUUUCUGAUGACCGGAGGCUUGCGGUUUUCCCAUCACCGAACCUUACUGCAUUGGAGAAUUUGGAAAUCAGUCUUAAUGAUGAAUCGCAAAGGUGGUGCAAGAAGCAUGAUAGAUGGACCUUGCAGAACGUCAAAAACAAGCCAACAACUUUCUUCGAACGACAAGUAGCCAACAUCCAGAAGAAGGUAGGCCAAUCCCUCAUCAGCUACAUCCAUGCAAUCAAGCAGCUCGCGGAAAGGUUGGCUGUCAUCGGGCUCGGGCAGACCCUUCGCGAUGAAGAAAUCAUCAGGCUCAUCCUCGACCACCGCCUCGGUUCUGAGGACCGCACCCUCGUCAUGUCAAUCACCAGCUGCACCGAUGAUAUCACACUUAACUAUCUCUAUGCUCAUCUGAGACGUGUGAAUGGAUUUUCACUCUCUGACACCAGUCAGGUCUCUGACACAUUGAAUUCACCGACUUCUGACAAUGAAAGCUACCACGGGUCAGAUUGAACGUAAGACUCAGGAGGCCUUCAGCAGUUCGGCCGCAUCAUCAUCAGCGACCUCAGGGAGAUGAGCAUCGGAGAGAAAUUUGCCGGGAUUUUGCAAACUGCAAGUGGGUCAGGAUUGAACAACGAAGGAGCCGCCUCUUGGAUGAGAGUGCAAGGGCGGCCACAACUCCUUUCCAUAUAGCGAUAAAUCCAAGCAUGUCUGCAUCACUAAUGUCGAGUUGUUGCCCAAGGAAUGGUGUUGGGAAUCCAUCCUCUGAAUUCUCAUACUGGCCAUCGAGCUCAUGCCUGGUUAUGCAUGUUACACGGCUGGCAUACAUGCCUCACCCACUGCCACAUAGGGCCUCACAGUACAGUAACUAUUCGAAUUGUGAGGACAUUUGAAGAAGACAUGCUAAUGAAGACAUAAUCCCCCCGUUGCUCCUUCCUCCAUGUUAAUGCGGCUUCAGCCAUGGACCAGGCAUGACACAUUGUGACGCGUGCUACAGUUCGCUUAGACCCCGUCGGGAUCGUAACGCUAAACUUUAGCCUUUUAA